UGUGAAAGUUUUCGGAAAAUGAGUAAAAUUUAUAAAGUUUAAUAAUUUGUAAAAAUUACAAUUUUAUUAACCCUUCCUGAAUUCAAUUAUUUUCUACAAUUUUUCUGUCAAAAAUUUGUUUUCCUUGACAUUUUCCAAUCUUUACCAACUUUACUGACAUGUGGCCACCCUGUUAUUAUUAAAUUAUUUUUAGAUCUGAAUGCUUAUCGAUCUGACGAAUAAUUAAGAAAACAAAAAGAUUAAUAUUAGUCGACAUUUUUCAAAAUUAAUGCCGUACAGAAAAUUUUAUACAAAAUUUUUUUUAAUUUUAUUUAAAAAAUGCCGAGUUGUUUAAAAAGAAACCUAUUCGCGAUUAGUUGAUCAUAUUCAGAGCAAAAUUAAUAUAUUUCCGUAUACCUAUAAAGAAUUGUAUAAUCUAGGUCAUUAGAGAAAGUUACGAAAAGUCGUAUUCCGAAAGAAAAGAAGAAACAAAAAUUUAACUUUAGUUAAUUCGUGAAAAAUUUCUUCCUAACUGACUACUAUGAUAAUAAUAAAUUGAUAAAAUUUUUAAGCUCGUGCGCACAAAAGAUGCGCGCCUUACAAUAUAGAAAUCGUGUCACUUAUUGAAAUCUUGUUUUGAAGUUGAAACCUCCUCAAUGUGAGUGAUCCCCAAAAUAAUUGUCAUUUUCGAUUUUUUUUUUCAAUUUCGCUUCUUUGUAUUCUGUUUUAAUGAAAUUUCGAGAAAGAAAAAAGAAGGCCAAGAAAAGAAUAAGGAAAAAUGAAGAUUAUUGAAGAGAAUUAAAGAAAGAGUGCGGAGAAAGGAAACAAGACAAAGAAAGUAAGGAAAAGUAAAAAAAAAAUAAGAAAAGUAAAGAAAGGUGAAGAAAUAAAGAAAAGUGAGGAAAGUACAGAAAAGUGAAGAAAGUACAGAAAAGAAAAGAAAGUACAGAAAAUAAAAGAAAGUACAGAAAAUAAAAAAGGAAGGAAAAAGUAGAGAAAAUUAAAGAAAACUAAAGAAGGAAAAGAGGAAAAAAGCGAGAAAAAAAUGGUCAACAUACAACUACAAGAAAGAUUCUUCACAAACUCCUUAAUAGUUCACAUCCUAAUCACAACAUUCGGCAUAUCAGCAUGGCUCGGAAUAAAUGCAAUAUUCGUGGAACUUCCAAUUUUAGUGAACACCACCAAAGAAUGGAAUUUACCAAUGUACAUCGUCAUAAUGGUACAAGUGGCAAACAUAGGUCCACUAUCAUACAUCUUGGCACGUAAAUUUGGUUUUAAAUUCCACGAAUCACGCUGGAUAUUCAGUAUGCUAAUGUUUGGUGCAAUUAUAAUGUUGUUAUUGGCAUUUUUCUACGAAAAAACACUAACCUACAACAAUAAGGAAUAUAAUUUUGUUCUCCUUCUAGUGACAUUUCUCACAGCUCUUAUCAAUUGUUCAAGUUCACUCUUAUUUAUGCCCUAUUUACGUUAUUUUCGGGAAAUUUAUCUCGUCUCCUAUUUCAUUGGCGAGGGUCUCAGUGGAAUAUUGCCGAGUAUUAUUGCCCUAAUUCAAGGUAGUGGAAGUUCGGAUUGUGACAAUAGUUCUGCAUCAUCUGCACGUUUUACUUCGAAGUAUUAUUUUAUCGCAACUUUUCUCCUGUUGGUACUGUCACUGGUGGCUUUUUUUCUUCUUGAAAAGUUGUCACUAGUUAAGAACGAGAGGAUUUUAGAAGAGGAAAUAAAGAAUGAGGAUUGUAGAAGGAAAAGCUGGUCGAAAAGUUGUGAACCUGGAGAAGAUGGUGAAAACAGUACAAAUAGUGAAGGUAAAAAAGAAUUGGAGUCAAACGAACAGAAUCAUAUUGAGUCACUAUCGAGUGAAAGGGAAACCGACAAUAGAACAAAAUUGCAACUAUCUUUUAAAAUUUAUUUAUAUUUCCUCCUCGGCGUGAUGUGUUUGUUGGGUAACGGAUUUUUGCCCGGUAUACAAUCUUAUUCAUCGCUACCAUAUGGUAAUCAAACUUAUCAUUUGACCGCGACACUUUCUCAACUGGCGAACCCAACCGCUUGUUUUCUCGUUAUGUUAUUUUCAACAACCUCCUCGUCAAGUUCGAGGGUAAUUAAUUCCUUGUCAGCAAUUGUAUUUGUCAUUUGCGGUUACGUAAUGUAUCUUGCUUUCGAAUCUCCAGAACCGCCUCUACAACAUUCUGUGAUUGGUAAAGUUUUAGUUAUUUCCUCGUGGAUUUUAUUGAUAGGACUUAUCUCUUAUGUGAAGCUCGCUAUCACGACAAUAUUUCGCCACGAGUCGCAGAGCGAGAAUCUCUUUCGAAUUGGCAUUGUCAUGCAAUUUGGAUCGGCGUGCGGUGCUCUCGUUUCAUUUCUUUUAAUUACUUUCACUCGUCUUUUAAAUUCCUACGACUCGUGUGCUGAUAAAGUUUAAUUUUUUUUUAAUUCCUUUCAUUCACUGUUUUUUUAAGGAUAUCAAAUUGAGACAAAAAACGAAUUAAAAUGUUUCUUUCACAGUUUUUUAAAUAAACUAACUAUUUUUCGAUAUGAGCAAAAUUUAAAAAAAAUGAAAAUACAGAUAGAUCGGUACAUAUAAAGAGGAGUUUAAAAUCUAUAUGAGUUGAGAUUAAAAAUUGAAGAUAGUAUCGAAAAAUAAAGUGCAAAUAUAGGGAAAACUUAAAAAAAAAUACAAUAAAAAGUGACAACAUAUAAUAGUAAUGAAAGAAAAAAAGAUAAUUGCGCGCAAUAAAAAUAAAGUGUGACUACACAGAAAUUCUUAUCUUAAUAGUAUUCCUAAUCUUUUCUUAAUUAUUUUCACGAAAGAUUAGAAGUUUUUUAAUAUAAGUGUUAGAAUUUAUUUUAAAUACCCCGAAUAGAAAAAUAAUAUUGACAAUAAUAAUAAUUAUAAAAAUAAUAAUAAUAAUAAUAAUAAUAAUCCCACGUGAAACGAUUCCACAAAAACGGCUCCACAGAAAUUCCGUUCGUAAUUUCUA